AUGUGUGGCAUCUUUGGCUACAUCAAUUACUUGGUCGAGAAGGACCGCAGAUUCAUUCUUGACACUUUGCUCAAUGGUCUCGCCCGUCUCGAAUACCGAGGCUACGACUCCGCCGGUCUGGCUAUCGACGGCGACAAGAAAAAUGAGGUCUUUGCAUUCAAAGAGGUGGGAAAGGUGGCCAAGCUCCGAGAGAUGGUGGAGAAGUCUGGCGUCGAUAUGACCAAAGUCUUUGACUCUCACUGCGGUAUUGCUCACACUCGAUGGGCUACCCACGGCCAGCCUUCCAGGCUCAACUGCCAUCCUCACAGAUCUGAUCCCAAGUGGGAAUUUGCUGUUGUCCACAAUGGUAUCAUCACAAACUACAAGGAACUGAAGGCCUUGCUCGAGGGCAAGGGCUUCAAAUUCGAGACCGAUACCGACACCGAGUGCAUUGCGAAGCUUGCCAAGUACCUCUAUGACCAGCACCCUGACAUUGAUUUCACCACUCUCGGCAAGGCCAUUAUCAAAGAGCUCCAGGGAGCCUUCGGUCUGCUCAUGAAAUCCGUCCACUACCCUCACGAAUGCAUUGCGGCUCGGAAAGGCUCACCUCUGGUCGUGGGAGUCAAGACGGCCAAGAAGAUGAAGGUCGACUUUGUGGACGUAGAGUACUCUGAAGAUGGUGGUGCCUUGGCUGCUGAGAUCGCAAACCACAAUGUUGCAGUCAAGAAGUCUACCGCGGGUCUUUUAUCGCCCGGUGGCCUGCUGGCCCCUCCUGACAAGUCUCUCCUCCACCGGUCGCAGUCCAGAGCAUUCUUGUCGGACGACGGCAUGCCUCAACCUGCUGAAUUCUUCCUCUCGUCCGAUGCUUCGGCCCUGGUUGAGCACACCAAGAAAGUUUUGUAUCUUGAGGACGACGACAUUGCCCACAUCCACGAUGGCCAACUCAACAUUCACAGACUGACCAAAGAUGACGGUACUAGCAAUGUGCGUGCUAUUCAGACCAUCGAGCUUGAGCUUCAAGAGAUUAUGAAGGGCAAAUUCGACCACUUCAUGCAAAAGGAAAUCUUUGAGCAGCCCGAAUCGGUUGUCAACACAAUGCGUGGUCGUUUGGAUGUUGCAAACAAGACUGUCACCUUGGGAGGUCUCAGACAAUACAUGAGCACCAUCCGAAGAUGCAGAAGACUCAUCUUCAUCGCUUGUGGCACCAGCUACCAUUCCUGCAUGGCUGUCCGAGGUGCCUUUGAGGAGCUUACUGAGAUCCCAAUUUCGGUCGAGUUGGCUUCAGACUUUCUCGACAGACAAGCACCUGUCUUCCGGGACGAUACCUGCGUGUUCGUGUCACAGUCCGGAGAGACUGCAGAUUCGCUAAUGGCUCUUCGAUACUGUUUGGAGCGUGGUGCGCUUACCGUGGGAAUUGUCAACGUGGUCGGCUCGUCCAUCUCGAUGCUCACCCACUGUGGUGUCCACAUCAACGCCGGACCUGAAAUUGGCGUCGCCUCGACCAAGGCUUACACUUCCCAGUUUGUGGCCAUGAUCAUGUUUGCCUUGUCCCUGAGCGAGGACCGUGCCUCCAAGGCUCAGCGCCGCCACGAGAUUAUCGACGGCCUGGCCAAGGUCAGCGAGCAAUUCCGGCAAAUCCUCAAGCUCAACGACUCGAUCAAGGAAAUGUGCGCCAAAUUCCUACAGAACCAGAAAUCUUUGUUGCUGCUCGGCCGAGGCAGUCAAUAUUCAACCGCUUUGGAAGGUGCUUUGAAAAUCAAGGAAAUUUCAUAUCUCCACUGUGAAGCCGUUAUGUCUGGAGAGCUCAAGCAUGGUGUUUUGGCGCUUGUCGAUGAAAACUUGCCCAUCAUUAUGAUCCUUACUAGAGACGACAUCUUCCCCAAGUCAUUGAACGCCUAUCAGCAAGUGAUUGCUCGUGCCGGUCGACCUAUUGUCAUUUGCAACCAGGACGAUCCAGAAUUCCCACCUUCCAAGACCGAGCGCAUUGAGGUGCCAAAGACUGUCGACUGCUUGCAAGGCUUGUUAAACGUCAUUCCAUUGCAGCUGAUUGCCUACUGGCUUGCCGUUGCUGAGGGAUUGAACGUCGAUUUCCCGCGUAAUCUGGCGAAGUCUGUCACCGUUGAGUAA